AUGCGAGCGCCAGCUAUCUCGACGACGACAACGACAGCGAGUGCAACGUCUCCGCGAUCACAGGUCGACUUGGCUUUGUUGCUGAAGCGCUAUGCCGACCUCGACAAAGCCCUUGCCGCCUGCGAGCCGCGCCGCGUCCAAGACGCUAACACCAGAUUCGUUGAGCAGCUGCGACUGGCCGUGAGAGACCUCGACGCGGGGGUGGGAGAUAUCCGCUCCACGGCGGGAUACGACUCAGCGCUGAAGUCCCUGGAUUUUCUGCUGACUCCUCUAGAGCCGUUCUACGCCAACGUAGACUCCGUAGACGACCUGAUAGACCUUCGAGACAUGGGCUAUCAGCUGAUGACGCUGGCAAUGUCACAUUUCCGUUCCUUGCUGAGCGUCGUGGUUAUGGAACGGGAGCACCGUAGGCCGGGGCUCUCGCCGCAGGACGUCUUUGGGCCAUUACGGCGGGCCAUGACACGCAUUGAAAAUCUCGUCGACCUCGUCGGCAGGCGGAGAAAUGAACCGCAAGCUCACUGGGCGAAGGACAGGCAUAGUGGUGCCGAGGACGACGACGAUUUCACUGUUGUCACACGAGGAGAAGAUGAGGACGAGGAUCUAUGUGAUCCGUUUGACUCCGCGUAUGAUGCUCUACUCGCAAGCAUGUCUGCCGACUUCCGCUCAGGCGCGCGUAAUGCCCGGGAUUCUUUGGCAGUGUUCCCCAACCUCUCUUCAAGCAUUCCCAACGCUGAGCUGCCAACUCCCCCCGAAGACGAGCUGGAUGUCAUAGUGAAUCUAGAUGGUUCCAUUACUGCGGCGACCUUGAAACAGAUCGUCCGCAUUUUAACCGACCGGCGCGAAGUCCUGGUGCGCGACGUGACAGAGCUGACGGACUUAUUCUUCAUGUUCUUCCGGAAGUUCACGCCACCAAAAGGUCUAUUCAAGCUCUUAGUUGAACGCUACAACGAGCAAGCUCCCAAGGAACUCGAUGCCUCGCUGCUGCCUCUCUGGCGGCUCCAUGCUCAAUUUUCCAAGAUCCAAGUGGCGAAGUUGUUGUACCUCUGGUGUAGCAAUUACUGGAAGGGGGCAACCGACCAGGCCGUCGUCAAGAGCAUGACAGAUUUCAUCUUCGGCACGCUUGCAAAGGAUAAGGAUCUUCCCCUGGAUACAGCUAAACGGGUGUCGAAUGCCCUGUUGGAAUGCUGUUGUGGCCGCGCCGACAUCAGCCACUCGAGGUGGCUGGCAAGAGAAGUCAAGCUUACGCAACAAGCUGCGGCACAUUAUGAACCGACGGCGUUCGCACAACAGCUCAACGGCGGCAUGAUGAAGCAUGAUUCCCUAGAUUUCAACCUGCUGGAUAUCGCGGUCUUCUGGGCCGAUGGGGGUUUUGAAGAACUAGCACGCCAACUGACGGUCUCAGAGUCCGACUAUUUCCACGCCUUCCUGCCUCAAGACUUGAUCGAGUUCCGCGACGCCAGCCUCCAGCACAAACUCAAUCGGUGGAGGUCGUUCACAAAUGCCAUCAGUCUUUGGGUUACGAAAACCGUCGUCGAACAACGUAAGAUCACUUAUCGUGCGCGUGUUGUCAAGCUCUUCGUCCAGACUGCUGCUGCUUGCAAAAAUCUGCGCAACUUCAAUUCGGCGUAUGCUAUUCUGCUUGGUCUACAGGCCAGUGCCGUCACGCGUCUCAGGAGAACAGAAGAGCUUUUGGACGAACGCACCGUAUCUACACGUGAAUCUCUCGGCGAGUUCUUCAAUGGAAGGGAUUGGCGCCUAUACCGACAUGAGCUACCUGUAAACCUACCUGCGAUUCCGCUAUCAGUUAUGAUCCCCAAGGAAAUCAGUCCGAUGCGGGAAUGCAUGCAGCGUGUUGACUCGACGGUGGGGCCACCUACGGCGCCGGUGGAGGGCAUGAUCCCCCUCAAAUUCUAUCGCCACAUGCGCCGAAUCGUGCGUGACCUCGAGAAAUGUUAUGGUCGUCACAAGCUCACGUCCACGGAACUCGUGCGCGGCUGGCUGGAGCAUCAUCUCGAGCCACUGAUGGCGGUACAAUACGACAAGUAUUCACAGACACUAUUUGACAAAAGCAUCUGGAAGUUGAAGCUUCAACGAGCGAAGAAAAGGCCGGUUUGUCCACGACUUCUACGCGCCGCUGCAAGACCUAGAAGCCGUUCUCGCCCUACGCCUCCAUUUGACGAACCCUAUUUAUAA